AUGUCCAUUAAUAAUUGUAAUGAUAAUAAUAGUAGUGGUGAUAUAUUAAAAGAAUUAAAAGUUAGUGAACUUAAACCUCAUAAUAAUAACAAUUCUUAUUUAUUGAUAUUGAUAGGGAGAUCAAAAUCCGAAAUCACACAGUUGAUAGACUUUGAGACAUUUGAAGAACACCAAAAUGGAUUUGGUGCAGAAUGGACACAUAAGUAUCAGCCAUUAAGAAUUAUUGAAUCUGAACAAAUUGAUGACAUUUACCUUAAAUUGAAUAAAACCCUUGAUUAUAUGAAGAAAUAUGGUAUUGAUAAUGUAAGAGGGAGUGCUUUUUCUAAAGUGAAUUUAUUAACAGAAAAACAGGUUAUUUAUCAAUUACUUUCUUACAUUUUAAAAAACAUUCCAAUGUCUUCUCUUUUAAACACUGCAGCUUUUUGGACUUUAUAG